GAUGAGAUCAGCUGCGACAGAGGGACAAAGAAGAAGCAACCACCAAAUCCUCACGACUCUUCAAGCCAUUUCCCGCCAAACCCAACGUUGGAAAGAUGCUCUCCACGCGUGUUCAGUGCGCUCUCGCGCUCCUCUCCCUCGCACUCGCGCUCAGCAGCGUGUCCGGCGCUCCGUCCGAUGCCAAACUGCGGCAGUUUCUUCAGAGGUCGCUCCUCGGCCCGUCCGGAAAACAGGAGCUCGCCAGAUACACGCUCGCAGAGUUGCUGUCAGAGCUGGCGCAGGCGGAGAAUGAGGCGCUGGAAGCGGAGGACAUGCCCCGCGGAGCUGAGCAGGAGGACGUGCGCAUGGAGCUGGAGCGCGCCGCCGGUCCCGUGCUCGCGCCCCGCGAGCGCAAAGCCGGAUGCAAGAAUUUCUUCUGGAAAACUUUCACGUCCUGCUAAUCGUUCGUCAUCAAAUUAUCGCCGAGGUCUAUUUUUUCCCCAGUUUUUUCUCUCUUUUUCUCUCCUUUUGGUUCCCACGCAUUCACGACCACAUCAUGAUGUUCAUUAUUAAUGUCUCCAAAAAGAUGUAAAUAAGAAAAUAAAAGUUGUUACGUUUGGUCUUUUGACGACAGUGACGACAGUUUUAAUUGGUCAUUGAUCAUUUUAAGUUUUGCGGAGAGACUCGUGAGUAACUAUGAAAGGAUGCUUUACGAAUGUAUGGAAAUUCUGCUAAUGAUUGUGCUUUAGGCAGAAAAAUAUUUUUAAUUGUUUGUUUGAAUAAAUAUCUAUGUUUCAGAUCCAAUGCGUUAUGCAGAUUUGUCAUCCCAGUCCAAGACAUGCACGAGAGAGAGAGAGAGAGAGAGAGAGAGAGAGAGAAAGGAGAAAGAAGCUUAUAUUAAUAGAGAACGUUUACAAACAGUGAAAUUUUGGUCUAAGUUCAAAUUUGUGUCUAAAAACUGACCCAUAAGCGAAUAUUGAGAAAAUACCUUUAUAGAAACCUAUUUGUAGAAUACAGUAGAAUAGAAUAGAAAAGAAAACAAACUUAAAAAAAAGGUUCUUCAAAGGUUGUUUAGGAAAGGCAAUGGUUAUACUUGGACCUGUGAACACCCACUGAACAAUUUCAAUGCAUAAAUGGUUCUUUACAUUGUUAAAUGGCUUUUCUCUAUGAUGGAAGACCUGCUGUACAUGGUUAUUUAAUAAACCUUUUUAAAAUGGC